UGCGGCCCGUCGUGGAGGCAGGCGGAGGAGGCCGGAUGCAUCUAUGACCUGAUGAUGAGCGCAUGGGUGAGCCCGCAGUGUCACAAUCAGAAGUUAUACCUUCAAUACGUCUCCAAUAUCAACAACACCUUCUACCUAGAUAGACAGCACAAAAGCGUCGUUCCGUGGGACGACGUCCUGAGCGGCCGAUAUCCGCCCGGAGGACUCUGGACUGACGGAGGAUUCCAUCACCUACACUGUUCGUAUAUCUGGGAUCGGCAACGAAGCGCCUAUGCGCAUGCCCGGGCUACCGGAGAUCCGUUGACCUUGGAUACUCACUGCCGGAACGAAACACACACGGCGCACUGCAUCUUCUGGAACGCGCACCCCAAUGGGUGGGAGAUUAAUGCGCCCAACAUUACCCAUAUAUAUCCUCCAAAUGAACCAGUACAAUGCCUGGUUGGAUAG